UUCCCUGGUUGGGCUUGGACUUUUAGGGAUUGCUGUCUGGUACAUGAUGAAGAGUCCUAGUAAAGAUGUUGAGCCAAAUAGUGAGAACUCCCAACAAGAGAUUGUACCUGACAAUGAUGACAUGCACAUGGAAGAUGAAGAGAGUCAUCCAUACCUUGAUGAUAGCCCUAAACAAUCCAUGGCAAUGAUUGCCAGUCAGACCCACCUUGGCAUUGACCAAUAUAUUGGGAGCCAGAGCGACUUUGCAAGUGAGAGAAUUAUAGGCAGUCAACAAGAUCUGGGAAGCCAGGAUGAUUUGGAGAGCCUUGGGCGUCAUCAUGAAGAGCUUAAUGGUGAACUUGAUACUGGAAGUCAGUUUGAACAUGAUGUUAUUAAUAAGAGGGAACAUGGGGAUGACAAGUGACCAGAAGUAGAAGAUACGAGGAAAGGUUAUAUAGACGCUCAUAAUCAGAACAGUGAUAACCCCAAUGGCUUUUAACUAAAAUGCUGGAAUGACAACAAGAUGCCAGCAAAACACUAGAACAACAAGAUGAACUUUAUACAAAGCAAUAAUAUGCAUUAUCCAUAUGAUUUUUUCGUGAUAUUUCAUCGGCUAAAAAUGUUCUAAAAUUGUUAAUUAUAGUUUAAGACUAAUACGCUUGUAAGACUAAUAUUUAAUGUGG